GGGCACCCGAGGCCCGGUUUAGCAGCAGUGAGUGCAAACUUCCCAUGCAAAGGGGAAUUACUUGCGGCGUAGGAGCACUAACAUGUUUUGCAAUCAGUACAGUAGGACCUGGGCAGACCCUCACACACCUUUGCACCGUGAUAAGGAGAAUAUUAUUACUCUGCUAGUGGCCUGGCCAGAUAAGCUGUUUUGGGCGGGCAGUCUGCACUUUUUUCGAGCUCUCCUUUUGCUGCACCACUAACUCCAGAUGACCUUCCCAAGGAACUAAGCUGCUUUUUAUUUAAAACCGCAAAGAGCAAUGGAGAGUUUAGGUAAAGACCAUGCUUACUCGGACCCUUCCCUGCCACCCUCCGCAUCCCGUGAGGAAUACGCCGUGCCAGAUGUCAUCAUCACACGCCGCUUGAGAGACCGGGAGUUGCUCCGGAAAAGAAAAGCAGAAGCCCAGGAGAAAGACUCAAUUCAGUGGGUUCUGGGGGAGCAGGAGAAAAGCAAACGGCAAAAGAGGGGCAGAGGCGCGGGGAGAGGACGAGGCCGCCAGCUGGUUACGGAGCCCAAACCGGAGCCCGACCUGGAGCCGGACCCUCGGCCCGAAGUGCUGGAGGGAGAUAAGCAGGCACCGGCUGAGCCAGCAGCACCCACGCCAGCGUGUCAAGCCCCGCCGCCCGUGCUGACCUCUCAGGAGCUCCUCGGUGGGACCCCUCAGGGGGCUGCGGAAGGGGAGCCGGCAGACGGGAGCCGGCGUCCGGAGGGUGAAGAGGCAGUCCUGAAACCAGAUGAAGCAGAAAUACCGGAGGCUUUGAAUAUUCCCCUGGAAAAUGACCACCAGGAUAAUGAAUACUACACACCAGUUCUAUUUUAAUUUUUUGUUUUGUCUUCUGUCUGAUAAACUCAAGCAUUGCAGAGUGAUUUAGAUCAGCUAUUUCCAUGUGAGUAAUAAAACCCAGCUGUCCUGGCAA